AUGAAUUUAUAGAUUUCACAAAAAUCAUUAUCAAAUAAAGAUACAGAAGUAAAUAAAUUAACAAUCAAUAUAGCUUAAGGAUUUAAUAAAGAAAACCGAAAAGUUAUUAGAAACAACUAGUUUAGCUGUUAAAGAAAAAGAUUAACUUUAAGAUUAUUAUAAAUCCAUAAGAAAUGAUCAUGAAUAAUUAAAAACAUAGUUUGAUGAUUUGUAUAUUAUAAGAUUUAAUUUAGAUAAAAGUCCAAUCAAAGUAUAUUAAAUGAAUGUACAAUCUUAAAAAAAUCAUUAAAUGACUCAGUUGAAUCAUCCUAAUAAAAAAUUAAAAAAGAUGAUUAAAAAUUAUAAUAAGAUUUGCUUCAAAAAAAUAAAUUGAUAGUAAUUAUUUAUUGAAUAUACAUAGAGAUAAUUAUCUGAAGAUGGCAAAAUUUUAGGUUAAUACUUAAAAGAUAUAUCUUCUCAAAUUUAAUAAAUUCCUUCUGAUUAAAUCCCUUAAAAUCUAUAAAUAUUAUAGAGGGAAUUAUAAUUUAAGGAAAGUUUCAUCAAUUCAAAAUUAAAUAAUAUGCAUCUUGCUUAAAUUGACCUAGUAAAAUCAAAUAAUGCUAAUAAUAAAGAUAAAAAAUCAAGAAAAUUAAUGACUUCUCACAAUUAACUAAUAGAUUAAAUGUAGACAUUUUAAGUAAACUCUGAUCUAAUAGCAAUGAUGAUAGUCUAAAGUGAAGUUAUUGAGAAAUUUUUGAAUUGA